UCUCCGGAAGCGUCGCUUUUUUCUCGGAGUCCUUCAAUAAACAGCGAGCGACACAUUUCACCCAAAACACUGGAUUAAACUGACGGUUUUACUUCUUUAAAUGAGGAAUAACAGAUGUGAUGAGGAGAGAAACACACGCAUUUCCGAUUAACAGGGAUUUUACUGGAAGUUUUGUUCAGUGGAGAAUGACUCGUGUUCGGCUCUGGUUCUUCUGGACUGCCGUGGUUCUGAUCGUCCCUCUUCUCGUGGGUCCAUCGGCGGGUCAGAGUGAAGAUGGGAAAGGGUGUCUGGAUAAAUUCAGCCGUGGAAAAGCAGAUUUUGUGUUAAACAUGGAUGAAUCUGUGAAGGAUGGGGCCACAUUUCUGGGUUCUCCGAAGGUGUCGCGGGCUGAAGACUGCGUUCAGGCCUGCUGUAAAGAUCCAAACUGUAAUCUGGCCCUGAUGGAGGAUGGAGAGGAACCCAAAACCAUCAGCUCCUGCUUCAUCUUCAACUGUCUCUACAAACAGAAGAAAGUGUGUCACUUUGUCAGGAAGAAUGGCUUCAACAACUACAUGUUGACCUCUGUGUUCAAAGAUUACCUUGAGAAACCGGUUUCAGAUGAGGAGGACAAACCACCGGUCGCUGUGGCUGGUCAAGACAGAGUCGUUCAACCUCACGAUGAAGUCACCCUUAACGGCAUCGAGAGCACGGAUGAUAAAAAGAUCGUAAAAUAUGAGUGGGUGCAGGUGUCCGGGGAUCUGUCAGUUGUCAUGUCGAAAACCCAUUUUGAGGAUGCAGUGAUGAUCUCCGAUCUUUCUCCUGGGAUGUAUAAGUUCAGACUCACUGUCACAGAUGAUGGAGGACAGACGGGCUCGGCCGAAGUUUCAGUGUUAGCUCUGACUCCAGAACAGUCACUGCAUCACUGUCUGGUGCCGAAGAAAGAGGGUCCAUGCCGAGGGUCUUUCAUGCGCUGGCAUUACAAUGCCAUCACUGAGAAAUGCGAGGACUUCAAAUUUGGAGGCUGCAAACCGAACCUCAAUAACUAUCUGACGCUCAACGAGUGCCAAAACGCUUGUGACAAAGUUUCAGUUAUAAACCCACACCCACCUGGAAGAUUUGGGGAGAUCCAUGAUCACGGUGAACAGUGUGACGAGACGUGCGGUCCAGAUCAGUUCCAGUGUUCUAAUAACUGCUGCAUCGAAAAGGAGUUUGAAUGUGAUGGAGUAGCGCAGUGUACCGAUGGUUCGGACGAGGACGCAGAGUGCUACAACUUGAAAAAGAAGUUUGGGCGAUUAAUUGAUCUUCCACUAGACACAUCUAAAGCUCAUUGUGUGGAGCCGCCAGUAACGGGUCCCUGUCGGGACAGUUUCACUAACUGGUACUAUAAUCCGUAUGAACACCGCUGUGUUCAGUUUAACUUUGGUGGUUGCAACGGAAAUGAAAACCGCUUUAAAACGGAGGAGCAGUGUAUGACGUCAUGCGGUUCAGUGAAGGACACUGAUGUGUUUGCCAGAAAAGAACAGUUUGACAAGCAAGAGGGCAAGAAUGAUACAGCUGCCAUCAUCAUCACCAUACUGCUGGGCGUCGCCAUAGUCACCCUGCUUGUUGUUAUCGCAUGUUACCUAAUGAAGGGCAAGAAAAAACUUCAAAGCAAACAUCACCUCGCUGCAUUUAACAACGCUCACAUCUACGAGGACGAGAAACUGGUCUACAGCAGCACCACCAAGCCCAUCUGAACGAGCGCCGCACGUUAUCAGGGCGCAAAAUCGUACCAUAGCUUAUAUGUGAAAUAUGAAUAUAUACUGUAUAUGCUUUAAUUAAUUUAAAAUAAUUUCUUCACUUGGUUGGAUUAUGUUUGUUUUGAGUAGACUGGCUGGUCAUUUACUUGUACUUCAGAAUACACCUGCUUGAAGGUUACGGAUUAAUUUCUUUUUAAACGUUCUGCCUUUUUUAGGAAACGGGUGUUGUGGCAUAUAUGACCGAAUUGUGAUGAAAAUACAUAUACAUGCUUAUAAUUUGUACAUAGUUGUUUUUUAUGUCUUUUAUGAUUUCUUAGAGCUAAUCUUUGAGAGACUCAAUAAAGCUGGAGUGUACAGACAUUGUAUGUUUUUAGUGGCACAUUUGAUGUCUAUUGCUCAUCGUCGAAAGUGGUCAUGCCCAUGGCCUACUCGCUCUGAAGGGAGCAUGGCAUUACUGUAGGAAUACCCUUGGCUAACAGUCUUGCAGAAGAGCCCCUCGUGAACAUAUUCAUUUUGUUACUUUAGUUUGGGAUGGCUUUUCGAGUGGCCACUCCUUCCUGACGUUCCAUUCAAAUGGUGCAAAAAUGCAGUCUGGCCCUUGACCUACAGAGGGCGCCAUUGCAUCGACUCAAUAUCUCCAUUCAAACAGUAUCUCAUAUAGUAAUGUAGGUCCACGUGUAGCCUAAUAUUCAAAAUGAUGAUUAUGUACAAUAUGACAGGCCUUGUCAAUCAUAAUGGACAUAACUCAUCCUCUUAAUCAGGACUUUCAACUUCUUCCAUUAGGACGACUUUGUAUGAUACAAAAGACCACAAUGUUCAUUUAUAAAAACAUCUUUUGUGCCUUCUAAAUAAAUGUUGUUGUUGUUUUUUUGCCUUUUAUUUUUAAACAUAUUACACGGUAUGUAUUGCAUUUGAUGUGUACUACUCUGGUGUGUAGUAAGUGUAUUUUUUGUGUGUUCAAGAUCAAUUUUCUAUGCCUUGACUGGACAAUAAACUACUACAUUUA